UUUCAUGAAGCCACUCGCGCUCAGCUUUGUUCUACGCUUCUCCAUCGCUCCGCCUACUCUUCCUAUCGGGAUUUUUUCAUUGCAUCCAUUUUUGUGCAUUUAAGAAAUCUCCAAGAAUUAUAAACCUGGAGGAAAGCGAGAAAGAGAGAGUGUGUGGCUAGGACUCGAAAGAAAAACAAACAGACAAGGGAAGAGGCGACGUCUUUAUUACAACAUGCGAGCAAACCCAUUCUAAAGGAUGACCACGAUGGGUUAGACGGGAUUUAACAUGAUUGCAAAAUAAAAGCAAUUGUGUGUAGCGAUGUCAGCUCCACUCGGGCCCCGGGGCCCAGACGCUCCCCCGCCGGCUGGAGCCCUACCCGACCUGCCGGACCUCAGCCACCUCACCGAGGAUGAGAGGAAGAUCAUCCUGGGCGUCAUGGACCGACAGAAAAAGGAAGAUGAGAAGGAACAGUCGAUGCUAAAGAAGCUGCACCAGCAGUUUGAGAGCUACAAGGACCAGGUGAAGAAGAUGGGGGACGAUAUAACCCCGCAGACAGGGACGACAGGAGAACUUCAGAAGAACCCCAAUGACUCUCCUACCUGCGGGAUUUGCCACAAAACCAAAUUCGCUGACGGCUGCGGCCACCUCUGUUCAUAUUGUCAAACGAAAUUCUGUGCUCGGUGCGGAGGACGAGUGUCUCUGCGGUCAAAUAAGGAGGACAAAGUGGUUAUGUGGGUAUGCAACUUGUGCCGAAAACAACAAGAAAUCCUAACCAAGUCGGGGGCGUGGUUCUACAGCAGCGCCGCAGGGCCACGGGGCGGGUCUGAGGGCCUCAGGGGUCGACGUCACGAGGAGGCCCCCCAGGAGAAGAAGGCCAAACUGCAGCAGGAUCUCCUCUACCAGGGGCCCCCAGGGGACGUAUCAGCAGACAGAAGCAGACCUCCCGGGCUCCCCAGACAAGGCUCCCUCAACAACGGCUCAGGGCUGAGGCACUCAGGUCCAGGACAGGACAUAGACAGGAAACGAAGCCCAUCAGCAUCCAGGGAUACAAACCAAAAAUACGACCAAAGGGAGGAGCGGGGUCAGUAUGCCCCGGGGGACGGCACCAUGCCCAGAUCACCGUCCGACUACGGGGAUGGGGACCCUCGGCGUGGGGCCCCACGGAGGUACCAAGACGCUGAGGCGGCACGGGGGGAGUACCGUGGUGGGCGUGGCCGCUGGCGCUCCCAGGAGGACUACCCUCUGGACCAGGACGGGCCCUACCCUCUAGACGGGCAGCCCAGUGAGUAUGAGCUGCAGCGCCAGCGCCAGGAGGAGUACCAGACACGCUACCGCUCCGACCCCAACCUGGCCCGUUACCCCGUCAAGCCCCAGCCCUACGAGGAGCAGAUGAGGAUGCAUGCUGAGGUGGGCCGGGCCAGACACGAGAGGCGCCACAGUGAUGUGUCUCUGGCCUACACGGAGCAGGACGAGCCCCAGGGACCUAUCCGCCUGUCCAGACAGCACCUGACCGAGCGCCGGCCACCCAUGGUGGGCCAACGCUCCUACUCCAUGGACAGAAACUCCCCCACCCCUGGAGGCCACCACCGGACCUCCAACCACAGCCCCCCCACCCCACACCGCAGCCCCGUGCUGGGGGACAGGUCAGGGGACAUGAGGCGGGGGCCAGGGGAGCCAAUAGGGUUCAGGGGUCAUGAUUAUCUGGACCCCAGCUCUGCUGUCAGGAAGACCAAGAGGGAGAAGAUGGACACCAUGUUGAGGAACGACUCUCUGAGCUCUGACCAGUCUGAGUCCAUCCGGCCGCCGCCACCAAAGCCCCACAAAACCAAAAAGGGGGGUAAGAUGCGGCAGGUGUCCCUGAGCAGCUCGGAGGAGGAACUGGCCACCACGCCGGAGUACACCAGCUGUGAGGAUGUGGAGAUAGAGAGUGAGUCUGUCAGUGAGAAAGGGGACAGUCAAAGGGGGAAAAGAAAAACUAUUGAGCGGGCAUUUUUGUCCGACUCAACACACAACACCUUAUCUGAGAGGCAAAAGAAAAUGGUGCGCUUUGGGGGCCACUCAUUGGAAGAGGACGCAGAAUGGUGUGAACCCCAGGUUAAAGACUCUGGCGUUGACACGUGCAGUAGCACUACCCUAAACGAGGACAAUCAGCAUAGCCAUAGUGAGAAGCAUCCAGUGACAUGGCAGCCCUCCAAAGAUGGGGAGCGCCUAAUAGGGCGGAUUCUGCUCAACAAGCGGAUGAAGGAUGGAAGUGUACCUCGAGACUCAGGAGCACUGCUGGGACUGAAGGUGGUGGGUGGAAAGAUGACAGAAUCUGGUAGACUUUGUGCUUUCAUCACUAAAGUGAGGAAAGGAAGUCUAGCGGAUACUGUUGGACACCUCAGACCAGGCGACCAGGUGCUGGAGUGGAACGGGAGGUUUUUACAAGGAGCCACAUUUAAAGAAGUUUACAAUAUCAUUCUAGAAUCAAAGCCAGAACCCCAGGUGGAACUGGUGGUCUCAAGGCCCAUAGGAGAUAUUCCUCGGAUACCAGACAGCACACAUGCACAACUGGAAUCAAGUUCGAGUUCCUUUGAGUCUCAGAAGAUGGAUCGCCCCUCUAUCUCUGUCACGUCUCCCAUGAGCCCCGGGAUGCUGCGGGACGCCCCACAGUACCUGUCAGGACAGCUCUCAAGCCAAAGCCUUAGUAGAAGAACAGCGCCUUUUGUCCCUAGGGUCCAGGUCAAACUGUGGUAUGACAAAGUGGGUCAUCAGCUAAUAGUGACCAUCCUGGGAGCCAAGGACCUGCCUUCUAGGGAAGAUGGCCGCCCCAGGAACCCUUACGUCAAAAUCUACUUCCUCCCUGACAGAAGUUUGAAUUAUUGUUCCUCCAGCGACAAAAGCAAGAGGAGAACAAAAACGGUAAAGAAAUCCUUAGAGCCCAAAUGGAACCAGACCUUUAUGUAUUCUCCUGUGCACCGGCGGGAGUUCCGUGAGCGCAUGUUGGAGAUCACCCUGUGGGACCAGGCCAGGGUCAGGGAGGAGGAAAGCGAGUUCCUGGGAGAGAUACUUAUAGAGCUGGAGACAGCCCUGCUGGAUGAUGAGCCUCACUGGUACAAGCUGCAGACCCACGACGUGUCCUCCAUGCCCCUCCCACGCGCCUCGCCCAACCCCCAGCGCAGACAGCUCCACGGAGAGAGCCCCACGAGGAGGCUACCCAUACAGAACAAAGGGCCGUAUUCGUACAAUUCAGGAUCUCAGAGAAUCAGCGACAGUGAGAUCUCUGACUAUGACUGUGAAGACGGUGUUGGGGUAGUGUCAGACUACCGGCAGAACGGCAGGGACCUCCAUAGUUCCACGUUGUCUGUCCCCGAGCAGGCGAUGUCAUCCAACCACUGCUCGCGGUCGGCAGACAUGAACCGGGCGCGGUCGCGGUCCCCCAGCGUCCCCCCUCCACAGAGCAGAAGUCUGGACCCCGGCUAUGACAUUGACCCGGCCUCGUCUCAGUACAGCUCCUCCAGUAGAGUGGACCGGCGCAGUGUGUCCGAUGACCACCACUCACCUGACAGGAACCACGGAGCCGUUGAUAGGCAUGUGUAUCACAGCAGGUCCAGGUCAGCUGACCAGCGUCCCGCGCUAGAGCGCACCACCACCUCCCGCUCGCGGUCCACGGAGCGGCCCGACUCCGCCCUCAUGAGGUCCAUGCCGUCUUUACCCUCCGGACGCUCCGCCCCUCCCUCACCUGCCUUAACGAGGGCGAACCCCCGCAGCGGAUCGGCCCAAACCAGCCCUACCAGUACCCCCAUGUCCGACAGGAGAGGAGGUCGGCAACUACCACAGCUUCCACCCACAGGGACCAAGGGCAGAAGUGCUAUGGAUGUGGAGGAGAGGACCAGACAGAUGAAGCUGAAGGUGAACAAGUUCAAGCAGGGGGCCGGGUCCGACUCCAGACUGGAACAGGACUACAACAAGAGGAGGGAUGGUCAUCGAGGUUUAGACAACAUGUCAGCCAAGUCUUCGGACAGUGAUGUAAGCGACGUGUCCGCUGUGUCGAGAACCAGUAGUGCCUCUCGGUUCAGCAGCACGAGCUACAUGUCUGUCCAGUCAGAACGGCCGCGGGGAAAGCAGAAGAUCAGUGACUUUACGUCCAAAAUGAAAAACAGGCAGUUGGGCACGUCGUCAGGGAGUAUGAACAUGACCAAGAGCACAAGCAUCGGUGGAGACAUGUGUAACUUGGAGAAGACGGACGGCAGCCAAUCGGACACGGGCGUGGGCAUGGUAGGCGGGGACGAGGAUAAGAAGAGACGCUCCAGUAUUGGUGCCAAAAUGGCAGCAGUGGUUGGCCUCUCGCGGAAAAGCAGGAGUACCUCUCAGCUCAGCCAAACAGAAGCCGGUGGGAAGAAGCUUCGUAGCACCGUGCAGAGGAGCACAGAGACGGGCUUGGCCGUAGAGAUGAGGAGCAGGAUGACUCGGCAGGCCAGCAGAGAGUCCACCGACGGCAGCAUGAACAGCUACAGCUCCGAGGGAAACCUGAUCUUCCCUGGUGUUAGGCUGUCCUCCGAUGCCCAGUUCUCUGACUUCCUGGAUGGACUAGGCCCAGCCCAGCUGGUUGGACGACAGACGCUAGCUACACCACCCAUGGGUGACAUCCAGAUUGGAAUCGUGGACAAGAAAGGAGCGCUGGAGGUGGAAGUGAUCCGAGCCCGUGGCCUUGUGGGAAAACCAGGUUCCAAGGCACUGCCAGCACCAUAUGUAAAAGUGUAUCUUUUGGAAAACGGAGCCUGCAUAGCCAAAAAGAAAACAAAAGUAGCAAGAAAAACCUUGGAUCCCCUUUACCAGCAGCAACUGCCUUUCGAAGAGGCUCCUGGAGGAAAAGUUCUACAGAUCAUCGUAUGGGGAGACUACGGACGCAUGGACCAUAAAUCCUUUAUGGGAGCAGUUCAGAUACUUUUAGAUGAGCUGGACCUGUCUAACAUGGUGAUUGGCUGGUUCAAGCUCUUUCCUCCUUCCUCAUUGGUGGACCCUACCCUGGCCCCCUUGACAAGAAGAGCUUCCCAAACGUCAUUGGAUAGCCGGUCAUAGCAGUGUGUGGACUGAUAGCAUUGUUGUAGCAGCAGCACCUAGUGUUGAGGUUAAACAAGCUGCGCUAGACCGGUCACGCCCCCCGGUUACACUGCAUGCUUGAUGUUGUGUCUUCUGAGCCUGUUUCUAGGGGUGCAAACGUGAUCCUGUGUUUUGAGCAAAAUGUCGCACACAUUGUGCGUAGCGAGCGUCGCUCCUUCGGCCGGGUCGGAGCGCCAGCUCGGAUUGGAAGGCCGUAACGGACUCCUUAGCACGAGGAAUUGUCUCUAAAUCGAGCGAUUCCAGGUUUUCAUCCAAUCUUAAGCCAUGGGGGUCGGAACUGGGAACCCGCUCGAUGAGUUCUACAGAAGCCCUUUUCGAAUGAAAAAUACAUGUUUUUGUUUUUAAUUAAUUGUUUUGUUUUCUGUUUGUUUUAUUGUCGAUGUACUUGUAUACCUGAAGGGGUGACUGACAGUGUUGUCCUGUCCAGAAGCUUGGUCACGCCACGCCAACAGACCUAGCUAGAUGUGUAAAUGGAACUAUGAGGAUCAUUGCAAUAGGAGAGGUGGGGUGUCCCAACUAAAGCUCAAACUCCGAAUAUGAGGCCCUAGUCAUAAUACCUAUAGGUAGUAGAUCACACCAGAGAGACAAUACUAAAGUUACUAAAGGCAAUACAGAAGUGGCUACUGUACUAUCGACACUCCAGAAUCUAUUGAUCAGAACCCACAACAAGACUAACUUUUAUGACCUAACAUUAUUAUUUCUCUGUUGAUAUAUUGUAUGAAAUUUAAAUGAAGAUUACAAAAAAAAAAGUUUUUUUGCAUGGACAAAAAUUUAGCUGAAAAAAAAAAGAAAAUUAUUUUCUUGAGGCUGCGACUUGCAAAAAAAGAUGAAGAAAAACAAAUAAAACAGAUCAGCCAUUUUCAACAAUUUAUAUUAUUUUUAAAUAUAAAUUUCACUAGUGCAUGGUUUUCAAAGGGGAGUGAAUGCAACAGCGUGAUAAAAAAGACACAUUGUUUAUCAUUCUUUAGACCAUCCAUAACAUAAGUCUGUGUUUGGCAGACAUACAUACAGUAAGAGAAACUAAAAUAAAAACUUUUGGAGUUAUUUAUCAAAAAAAACUGUUUAUGUGACAAAGUGAUGAUGAAAAUAAAUGUAAAUUAUUUAUUUCAUUGUAAAGGUUUACAAGCCUUAUAAAGAUAAACAUUAUGUGCAAAUUGUACACGUCUCUUUUUCUCCCUUGUCCCAGGGCAUCCCCCUGAUAUUGUCCAGAGUUUCAGGACUGUUGGUUCUUUUACAGUUCUGUAUCGUUUCAAUAUGUCUUUUUUGGGGAUUUGAUUAACAAGCAUGUUGUAAAGGAUUUUCUGCAACAUGGCUUGGGCACACCUUAAAGUAACUCAGCAUGUUUUGAUAAAGAGGAUAUUUGGGAUUUUUGCAGUUUCUUGUACAGUGCAUGUCAACUUUGUUACUUUUUCCCCCUCACCUUCAAUUGAAUUCUACAGCAAAUGAAUUAGUUACUUUCAUGGCCAAACUAUUAAAACGUAUAACAAAACAUUCCACCAACCCCUAGAUCAUAUUUUAUUUCCACUUUUUCAAAAAGAAUGACAAGGAAAAAUAUUUUAUAUUCAUUGGAGGUUGACAAAAAAGUUGUGGUUGCAAGUGUAUUUUAUUUCAGUAUUGUUAACUAACAUGCAAAAAUAAUCUGUAUUGGUACAGCAAGAAGGAUAUUUAUAUCCAAGCAAGAGGCAGCAAACAUACAACUUAUGUACUGUAUAUUGCUGUGUAGUUCAGGCACUGUUUGUGAGGAUGAGCAAAACACAAGGUCAAACAACAUGGGAUAUUGCCACACUAUAUGAAUUUAGUUUUUUUGUUUUUGUGAAAAUAACAUUUAUUUCAUAUAUUUUUAUUAGUUUAUUUACAAGCCAAGACCAGUUGAUUUUUUAUUUUUAGUAAUUAUAAAUGCUUCUUGUGUAUGGGAGGUAUAUGAAUCUUACAGUUAUGUCUGAAUGAAAAUAAACUAAGACAUUAUUCCUUUUCCAUGUUAAACCUAUACAUUCUAAUGUCCAUCCAAUAUCUUGAUGCUAUAACAAGCUAUAUACUUUCAUUUUUGAUUUACAUUGUACAUAUUAGAAAUUUGAAUAAAACAAGCAAACACAAAUAGAUGAAUACAAUAUUUUGGAAUAGGAAUAAUGUCUCACAUGAUGACAAAGACAUAUGUUAUUUACCCUUUUGAAUGCCUUUUCUUUCUUUUGUUUUGGUGCAAUGUGUUUAUGCCAAGGCUAUGUCUUGGUGAAGUAUGGUUGAGUACAGAGAUUUAUGUAAGUUAUUUUUCAAAUAAAAAAUGGAUAUUACACUGA